AUGACCGAUUUUGAACGAAUUCAAAAUGAAAUAGAAGCAAUGUUAGAUGAUGAAGCAGAUUUAGCAUCCGAAACCGACUAUCGUGUCGAGUUCGAGGAUUCGUACUAUAAUAAUGCUGCUAUUCUAUCUGACAUAAUCGAAUCGCAGGGUGUUUCUAAUCCAUUCGGUGGUGGUGCGAGUGAUGAGCUCAAUAAAUCGUUACAAAUUUUAACUGACAACCAAAGCGCGUUAACCGAAAUGUUAAAAACAGUCAGUGAACAAUCGCGUAGAUCCAUAAACAUAACAAAGGUCGAUUCGAAUACGCGACUUCCACAAACGAAGCUACCGGAGUUUCAUGGUGGUUAUGACGAGUGGAUGCGGUUUCACGAUUUGUUCGUCGCGAUGGUCCAGUCAAAAGAAAAUAUUUCGGGAGCCGAAAAAAUGGACUAUUUGCUUUCAUGCCUUAAAGGCAACACGUCGUCGGUCAUAAAACAUUUGUCUCCCAGCAAUGCCAAUUUCGACGUGGCAUGGGAUCUGUUAAAAUCGCUGUUCGAUAAACCCCAGUUUAUAACGGUUGCACACUUCGACAAUCUUUUUGAGUUUCCAACGCUUAAAGGCACCGGUUUAGACGAAAUAAAGUGUUUCUUUAGAAUUAUAAGCGAAAACAUAAACGCGUUACGUGCUCUUAAAAAGCCAGUUGAAUCUUGGAAUACGCUAUUAGUGCUUUGCUCGCAAAAACAUAAUACGAUGUUACAUCAAGGCCAAGUUGGGCCUGACGUAAGUUUACCGGGUUGUUCAAGAAAUAUAGCUUGUGGAAUGUCGGUACAUUCAGUAAAUCAUGCGCUCCGGGAGUGCUACACACUUUUACCUACGGCUAUAGUUUCUGUUGUUGACGUUCGCGGCCAGCUACAUAAAUGCCGAGCAUUGCUGGAUUCCGGGUCGCAGGCAACGUUAAUUUCAGAAGAUUGUGUACAACGGUUAAAUUUAAAGAGAUCUCACGCUAGAAUACCUAUUCAUGGAAUUGGGCAAAACGGCAGUUCCUUGGGAACAAGAGGAGUUGUAAGUUUGAGUUUACACUCAUCAGGUGAGUCAAAGUUUAUGAUUUCUACAAACGCAUAUAUACUCUCAAAAUUGACUGGCGAUUUACCUACUUUACCGAUUCCAAAAUCAAAACUUGCGUUUUUCGAAAAUCUUCAGUUGGCUGACCCUCAAUGUUUUAUACCCAGCAAAAUCGAUAUUUUGCUCGGAUCUGAUGUUUUCUUCGAUAUUCUUUCGGAUGGUAAAAUCGUUCAUCCGUCAGGUUCGCCAACAGCUCAAAACACUGCUUUCGGGUGGAUACUCGCAGGAAACAUCUCUUCUGAUAGUCAGCAACAAUUUAAAAUCUUUACAACCGCGAUUGAUCGCGAUUAUCUGUUCCAAAGAUUUUUGGGAUUCGAAGACUUUCCAGAGAUCCACUCUUCGCAAUCCGACGUACAUGAGCAGAUCGAAAAUCACUUCGUUUCAACCCACUGUGUUCGGCCCGAUGGUCGAUAUGUAAUAAGGCUUCCAUUUAAAACGUCAACCGUUGAGUUCGGGAACUCACGGAACGCGGCUCUUCGUGUCCUUCAUUCUAUGGAACGAAGAUUUAUUAAUAAUCCUGAUCUAAAACAGGAAUAUAUUCGAUUUAUGCGUGAGUAUGAGCUAUUAGGUCACAUGGCACCCGUUUCGCCGAGCGAAUCACAUCAGCCUUCCUUUUAUAUGCCUCACCACGCAGUCUUAAAACCCUCUAGCACAACGACAAAGCUGAGGGUAGUAUUCAAUGCGUCUUGUAAAUCAAGUAAUGGCAUUUCGCUUAACGAUUGCUUGAUGGUAGGACCUGUCAUACAAAACGAUCUUGUGACCUCGCUAAUAGGAUUUCGAAAAUUCCCGGUAGCAGUAAAGGCGGAUAUUGCUAAAAUGUAUCGCCAAAUCUUGGUCAACGACGAUGACAACAACUACCAACGAAUUGUUUGGAGAGAGGACGUUAACCAAGAGCCUAUCGACUAUCGCCUCUUGACUCUGACUUAUGGAACGGCUCCGGCAUCCUUUAUUGCUACCAGAGUCCUCAAGCAGAUAGGUAUUGACGGUUCAACAAAAUAUCCUCAGGCCAGCAACAGCCUUAAGUUUCAUUUUUACGUCGAUGAUUACAACGAAGGGUUCUACUCAGUUGAAGACGCGGUUCAAACUAAAAACGAUUUGUGUAAAAUCCUAAGGGAAUCGGGAAUGGAGCUUCGGAAAUGGGCUUCUAACUCUUCGACAUUCCUAUCAACAUUUGAAGCCGAAAGCCUCGAAAUUUCAAGUGACCUGCCGAUGGGUGACUCUAGCGUUAAAUUACUUGGUUUAGUUUGGGAUACUGAAGCUGAUAUCUUCAAAUUCAGUCUACAGUUACCGUCGUUACGAUCCCAAAUCUCCAAGAGGGAGGUUUUAUCUGAUAUCGCUCGGAUCUUUGAUCCACUAGGUUUGCUUUCGCCUACCAUAAUCAAAAUGAAACUUUUUAUGCAGAAGUUAUGGCUUAAAGGAGUAAGUUGGGAUUCGAUAAUUCCUUCAGAACUCUACGACGAAUGGGCUGAUAUUAGGGCAGAUCUAAAAAACAUUGCAUUAAUUCGUAUUGCCCGAUGGAUCCAGCAUGAAAAAGGGGAAUUGAUUGAGCUGCAUGGAUUCGCGGAUGCGUCUGAAUCCGCGUAUGCUGCAGCAGUAUACUGUCGUGUUAAAAGAUCUGAUGGACGCGUUUCCACAUCGCUCGUUUGUGCUAAAACGCGUGUCGCACCAGUAAGAAAGAAGUUGACCAUUCCCAAGCUCGAGUUGUGCGGCGCUUUACUGCUAACCAAGCUGCUUAGCAAGACUAAAGAGUCACUCAACUCACACAACAUCGAAUGCUUUGCAUACACAGACGCGUCGACAGUGUUGCAUUGGAUCCAGGGAUAUCCUCGCCCUAGAAAUGUUUUUGCCGAUAAUCGAUUAGCGCAAAUUACUGCUCAAUUACCGUCUUCAGUUUGGCAUUAUGUGCGUUCUGCAGAAAAUCCAGCGGAUUGUGGUACUAGAGGCAUUAUGCCCAAACAUUUGCCUUCAUUAGAUUUGUGGUGGGAAGGACCGUUAUUCCUCCAAAAAUCCGAUGUUAUUUUUACGCAAUUGCCUAGUUCAAACCUAGCCGUCGAAGAAACCGAAAUUUCUUGUUUCGCUAUCUCAGCCGAGCCUGAGUGGGAUAUUUUUCAAUGGUCUAGUAGCCUCAACCGACUUCUUCGCGUCGUUGCGCGUUGUAUACGUUUAAUUCGAAAGUACCGUAGGCCUAGGAUUCCCUUGAAUAAUUGGUGGCUGUCACCGAGUGACAUUCAUUCCGCUAAGAUCGCUGUACUCAGAUUAUCGCAAAGAACAUCGUUUUCCGAUGAAAUUGAUUGUUUACUUCGUAAUAAACCCGUUGCAGCGAAAAGCAAAAUCUUCAGAAUGAACCCGUUUAUUGAUGAAUGUGGUGUACUACGUGUAGGUGGUAGGUUGUCCAAUGCCGAGGUGCCAUUUAAUCAAAAGUAUCCUGUAAUCCUUCACAAGAGGCAUCGAUUAACAGACCUCAUCGUUCUGGAUUGCCAUAUGCGUAAUCUUCAUGCGGGAAUUCGCCAAAUGACAUACUUAUUAUCGUUGGAGCAUUUCAUCGUCGAUGUACACCACGCGGUCAAGAGAUGCAUCUAUAAAUGCCCAAAUUGUAUGAGACAGCGUGCAAUUCCCUUUAAACAGCAGAUGGGAGAUUUACCUAGGCAGCGACUGGAGCCAGGAUUAGCUUUCAACAACGCCGGCGUCGAUUACGCUGGUCCCUUUAUCGUUAGUUCUUGGAAAGGUCGUGGUGCCAAGCGAUUUAAAACCUAUAUCGCCUUAUUCGUCUGUUUAGCUACCAAGGCUCUUCAUUUAGAAGCAGUUACGGAUUUGACUUCAGAAGCCUUUAUAGCUGCCUUACGACGUUUCGUUGCCAGACGUGGACGUGUUCCUGACCAGCCCAUAGACGAUGGCGUCAAAACGUUAAAGAGAUGGCAGUAUGUUCAGCGACUUGUUCAACAGUUUUGGAAAAGGUGGUCGAGCGAUUACAUCAGUCAGCUCCAAAAACGAAACAAAUGGGCUGAGAAGCUCAAAGACAUCGAAAUAAAUGAUAUCGUUAUCAUCAAAGACGACAAUCAGCCCCCAUGUCAUUGGCUUGUUGGUAGAGUUACUCAAGUCUAUCCAGGAACUGAUGGUUUAGUUCGAGUAGUAUCCGUUAGAACAUCCAAGGGAGAAGCAAAGCGACCGAUUUCCAAGCUAUGUCCGCUGUUCAUAGACAUUUAG